GAUGAGGGACCAGUGUCAUUAUCUAUGGGGUUCCACCAUAGUGGAACCAUUUAAUGUCAUUCCCAUUACGAUAUAUGGAUUCUUUGUAUACCUUAAGCCAUAUAUUAGAGCUCUGUGUUCCUCAUGUACCCAAAUAACCAUCUUCUAUAUAUUAUUGGAUUACAGAGCAUGCUUAGAUUGUUACAGUACAUGUACAGGAAUCGACUGAAUCGUCACGUCUCACAGGUUUCUACUUACGUCCAUUGAUAUAUAGCGAACUGACAUGUCCUGAAUUACUGCAACGUCGUGAAUGGACCCGGUUCGUGAAGACUAUGAAUGCGUCCGAGCAGAAACUCGAGCUGGCGAUAUGCUGCGCCAGGGACAUAUUGUGGAAUUUCUAUGAUAAUCCAUUAAAUUUGGAAUCUUUAAAAAAGAGAAAAGGGAUUUACCAUGGCCCGAACCAUAUACGGUG